AAGUCCCAGGAUAAGUCGAAGUCUAACUUCAAGCUUAUCACCACCACCACCGGUGUUCGAGUGUCCCAAGCUUGUGACCGAUGUCGUAUCAAGAAGAUCAAAUGUGACGGCCAGACCCCGUGUUUGAACUGUUCUAAGAUUGGGUUCGAAUGUAAGACCAGUGAUAAGUUGACUCGUCGAGCCUUUCCCAAGGGCUAUACUGAAAACCUAGAGAAAAAGCUAAAGGAACUCGAGGAAGAAAAUGACAGACUCAAGGAGCGUUUGGCUUCUGGUGGGCAUGACACCAACACAACGGUCCCAGAAAGUAAAAAGCCUAUUCCCAAACCUUCAACCACUACCAUCACGAAUGAAUCCUCACAGAUACAAAUCAACAAUCCUAUCGAUCAAAUUUUCAAUCUUGACAACAAAGGAAUCAUUAUUGGUAAUGACAAUCUCAAUUUUGAAUCACAAUUCAAUCAUUUGCUCAUUAACUUCAACCUUCCAUUCUUGAAAAUCACCAACAGUCACAACUUCUUGAUAAACGAUCCCAACAGUUAUUUGUACCAUCCGACCUACACAAGCUAUAAUCAGUUCCACAACAAGGAUUUGGAUGUCAUUUAUAACCCUUUGACUGGUAACACCAACAGCGAGGACUGGAAUAAUGGUACCGCAGGGCAAUUAGUUAAGGGAAAAUGGGGUAACGACUUGCCAAUCGAUGUGUAUGACUUGUUCAUCAGCCUUAUCAAUAAUUUCAAAAAGCUAUUCAGCUCCAAGAAAGAAUUGGAUAAUCAAAUCACUCAAUAUUUCUUGAAUUAUAAUAUUUUCAUCCCCAUUUUUGACUACGAAAAGUUUAUGAAAUCCUACGAUGAUUUUCACACCAUGUACCCAUUUAUUUUCACCUAUGAUGAUUCUACAAUUAACGGCUUCAACCUUUCGAACACCAACGAUUAUCAACUAGUCAAUGAUUAUUUAAUGACGAUUAUACAAAUCUACGCAAUGAUUAUGAUGAAUGAUCCCACAAUUAACUUGAAUUUGUUGUUGAAUCACUCCAACCCCAGCUACAUUAUGAAGAAAACUGCAUCCACAAGUACCAGUGUAUCAUCAUCCGCUCCCUCGAAUUUUUCAAUCACAUCCUUGUACGAUUUCUUACCAUACUUCAAUGUGUUUCAUGUAUCGAUUAAUCAACUUCAUACUUACCAGUUGUUCUUAUAUUAUUCGUUGUUGACGAACAACAAGGAAAAGUCAUUGAUUUUAUCCUCCUUAAUCAAUUCAUUCAUUGGUAUUCUAGGAAUUAACUUGAAUUCUAAAAAUUUGUUCUUUAACGAUUUGUCAUUGAGCAUUCAACAGAAAAGAGAUAGAGUCAAGAUUUUCUGGGUAUUCAAGGUACUCCUUAAAUGCUUCAACUUGAAGUUUGGGUACAAACCAAGUUUAAAUACCACAGUGAUCAAUCCAGUCACCAUUGAUAGAUACUUUCAGUUAACACCAGACAAGUUGAGCACUUUGUUGGAUACUGAAGGAGGAAUGAACGAUGAGUUGUUUCAAACUCUAUUGAAACCAAGCAUUGAGUUCUUGAACUUGGUUAAUAUGAUCAUUCCUUCCUCGUUUUCUCCUAAUUACUACCAAUAUCUUAAGCAAGGUAAAAAGAAACAUGAUGCAAAAGAUAAGGAGCAUGCUCGGCACUUGGACUGGAUUUUGAAUGAGGAUGAUGGCGAUGGAAAUGAUGGGAAUUUGAACUAUAAUUUUCACCAGUUCUUGACCAUUGAUAAGAACUUGUGCAAUUGGAGAGAAUCUUUGAAGAACAAGAAGAUCGAUCUUUCCCCAUUGACUAAAAUGGGGUUGGUAAAUUUGGCAGAUGAUACUCAAAAUGACCUAUAUCAUGACCUCAUUGAUUCGAAUUUAACUAGAAAGUCGGUCGGUUCGAAUGAUGAACGCAACGAUAGCAAUUCUGGAAUCACCAACGAAGGCUACAUGUAUUAUUUGAACUCGGGGAAACCCGAUGUUUUGACGGCAUCACAACUUAUCAAGAUCCAGUUGAACUUUCACUGCAUCAUCAUUAGGUCAAUCAACUACUUGAACUUCAUUGUGGACAAGGAAUUGACAUAUGCAUACUAUAUCGAAAUUACCAAGAUAUCUAAGGAGGUGCUUAGCUAUUUUCUCAUGAUCUUUCUGCAUUUGAACAAGGCAAACGAGAAGUUGUCAGAGCCACGUUCAUCAAGCAACAUUGUGAUGGAAAGUUUGGGGUUAGAUAUGGAUGAGGAUGGGUUUGUGAUCAAUGACUUUUCUGUGAAAAGAAGAAGAAUAAGCAAUCAUGGGCAUGGACAUGGACCACACAACCCGAAAAGGAUUAUUAAGGAGAUCCCAUACUCGCCGUUUAACUCGAUGUUGAAUGGGUUGUCCAUGAGUAUCAUCAACUUCAAGAAAGCAAUUGUGCUUCAGAUGAUUUACUUGUUGAUUUGCCAGCUCAAGUUCCUGAAGAGAAAUCAGUUUGAGUAUAUUGGCGACUCGAUGGAGAUUUUGAGCAAAAGCAUCGAUUUAUUCAUAAAGAUUUUCAUCAACUACAAGACGGGGUUGGUCAACACCAACAGCAAGCUGAACGGACGCACCCACAAGGAGGACGAUCUUUACAAGAAGUUGAUCAACGACCAGUUGCAGGACGAAAUCUUGAGGGAUCAGGACGAGAGUGACGACGAGGACGACGAGGAUGCUGCCAGUGCCUACUACCGCAAGAUCGACUGGGACGACGAGGAAAUGGACGAGGACUUGAAGUAUCUCAAAAUCUUGAAGUUCAUCAAGUACAAGAGC